AUGCCUUCGAAUAGCCAGCCAAAAAUCGGAAGGAUAAAAAAAUCAUUGUCCAACAAACUAGCAAACUACACGCAUCGAUGCACCUGUACACGGUUGUUGUCCGGCCGCCUACAAUUUCAAUCGCCCGCGAUUCCGGUCGCCCAGUGCGGCAGUGUUGUCGUCGGCACCGACCAUGCACUCAGGCCCGACAAGUGGAACGAAUCAGUUAAGAUCAAACAAACUACACUGUAG